UUUACAUUGUGUACUGUGUGGUUCGUUAGUUCAUUGUCAAUUGUGUUUAUUAAAAACGAAGAUAAAAUUGGAGUCAUGACUUCAGAGGAAGGGUUCGUCAAGGCUGGCUCAAAUAACCUACCAUCGGUGGAUAUAUUUAUGGUUAUGGAAUUUAUAAAGAAUGAUGAUAGAUUUAAUGCAGCGGAGAUAAGAGGCAUAAAAGCGGCAGCCGCCGGUCGUGAAGAAUAUGGAGAUAACGCCGUAGGUUACGUUGAGCUGAAGAGAGCAAACUCACUUUGCACACUGCAGUGCAAAAUCUGCCCCGAACACAAAGUACGGGCCAAACAUUAUACCGUUUCAAUGACCGUGGACGAAGCCGAAGAAAAGAUUGUUAAUGUUGAAUGCAAAGAUUGUGCCGCAUCAGCAGGUGGUUGCAAACAUGCACUUGCCUUUUUAAUGUGGGUGCACCGGAGGAGCGAAGAGCCAUCACCAACUGAAAUAACAUCGUAUUGGAAGAAGCCGCGGUUGUCAGCGGUGGGAACGUCUCUGAAAUUCGUAACAGCAGCCGAGUUUCGGAAGACAAGAAAUACUACUCCGGGGCCUAGCGAGGCAGCUACUAUUGUACCGGAACUUACAAAAGCUGCCGAAAGUGCGAAUUUGACAGGGCAUCUUCUAAAAUACACUUCAGACGCAUAUGAGGAUAAAUUUGAAUGUUUGUCAGUAUACAAGCUAAUGUGCAAAUUUGCAGCUGAGGGCGGUUCUGAGUGCAGUGAUUUUUUAAAGUUCGCUACAACUCGCAUGAUACCCUCGGUAUGUACUGAUGCGGCAAAAAUGACUAAGCUGCAGGCCAAAUCGCCACUGUGGCAUGAGUUGCGGUUUGGGCGCAUCACAGCAUCAAAGUUAUACGAGUUUGCACAUUGCAAAACCGCUGAUGGUACGCUGAUAGAAGGGGUAAUAGGUGCAUAUAAAGUUAUGGAUACCAGAUUUAUGAAAAGGGGUAGGCUGCUAGAACACCAGGUGCUUAAGCGUGUGGAGGAAAAAUUGAAGUAUAAGGUGAAUCCUUGUGGUUUCUUCACGUUGCCCAUGUUUCCUGUAUUGGGAGCUUCACCGGAUGGAAUUACAGAAAAGUAUGUCAUAGAAAUUAAAUGUCCAAGCAGUGCCAAGUCAGCCAAACUAUAUAUUAAAGACGGUGACAUAACAACAAAAUUUAGGGCACAAGUAAAUUUACAGAUGUUGUGUACAGGUAGGAAAGAGGGUUGGUUUUGUGUAGCAUCUCCAGAGUUUGAAAAAGAUCAUGAUGUACAGUUAAUCCACUUAUAUUUUGAUGAGCAAUUUGUAAAUAAUUUAAUUUUAUUAGCUGUAGAAAAUUGGAAAAUGUUUGUGUAUCCAAAAUUGAUUGACAGUGUAGGUAAAUAA